CACACCUCAAAACAAUACUUGAAUAUCCGCUUGUUUCUUUGCCGCUGCAGUCUUGUCAGCAUGUCGCAAAAUAGCCCAAAGAAUGAAGACCACACGCCGAACGCCAAGAAAAUAAUCUCCUUACCGACGUCGAGGGUGAGGCUGAUCAUGAAAAGCUCCCCUGAUGUGUCCAGCAUCAACCAGGACGCUCUUUUCCUCACCACCAAGGCGACGGAGCUGUUUGUCCAACACUUGGCUCUGUCCUCCUUCAACAAUGGCUCUGGAAAAGACACCAACAGUUUGUCGUACAGUGACCUGGCUAACGCUGCUGAGGAGACCGAGACCUUCAAUUUUCUUGCAGAUAUACUUCCGAAGAAGAUCCUGGCGAGGGAUUACCUCCAGUCCUUAGAGCAGAUGCAAGAUGAAGAGGAAGCAGAUAUUUAAUAGCAGAACUGUGAAUGUGUCUAAGAUGUGGACCAAGUGUCUGUCCCGCUGAUUCCAGAGGAAGGAGGAAUGUAAAUGACCACAAUGAACACAGCUGGUUGAAGUGAUCAUGUGACUGAGCAUCAUCACAGUAAGAGAAAGUUACACUAGAGAGAUGCACUUAGAGGAUAGCAGUAAAUAUAGGUUGUCACGUCCAAAAAUGACAUUGAUGACUGCGGCGAUGGACUGUAACAGAAGUGGAUAAGUCUUUAACAGCAACUGAAGAAACAAAAUUUCACCCAUGUAAUGAUGAUGGUCAAUAUUUAUAAUGUUUGGUCCAAUAUGUUUUCAUACUUGAUGGUCAGAAUUAAAAUAGUGACAGGUGCAUUUAGCAUUUGCAGUUUUGCUUGCUAAAAGAGGACCUCUGAAAGUCAUUCAUAUGAAAUGAAAAAAAUGAAAUAAAAUUACAGUAUUUUGUAUAUAAAGAAUGUCACUGUUGUAUUUGUAUUGAACUUAAUUGUAUUCUUUAAUGUUAUGUUUUUUUGCAGGUAUUUUUAUGGUAAUUUUAAAUAUUAAUAUUGAUUUUCUUUAUAAUGUAAUUUUCUUUCUUGUUUUCUUGUCGUUAUACUCACUUUUCUUACAUUAACUCACAGUUUUUGAUUAAAAUCUUCCAAAUUGUUCAUGUAGCAAGCUAAACAAGAAAAAAAACUUCCACUGUAAUACAUGUUUUGAAGAAAUUAGGGAUUCUAAAUGUAAUUCUUAUCAAGUCUGUUUAAAUCCGAUACAUUUGCAGGAUUAACAUUUUGCCUUUAAGCCCUUAAGUAUACAUCUUGCAAGGAACAAGUGAGACGUGUAAAGAUUCUACACCUGAUGUCUUUACCAGAGCUUGUAAAACCAACCAUGAAGUCCACACAUGGGCUUGGUAAUAAAACUGUCACUGUGAUUUCUGUAUCAACAUU